AUGGCAGAUAUCACCCCGAAGGCCAGCGUUACCAACUUAAAGGUUCUAAUGCCUGACAAGGCUGCCGACUUGCGGCGGAGGCGGCAUCGUUUUAUUAAGUAUAACCCGUCACCCCUCUCAAUUCUUUUACGAUAUCACCAUUAUGGUGUUGCUAACACAGUCUUCAGUCUCUGGCGGCCCCUCACGGCACCAUCCCAAGACUAUCCUCUGGCCGUAUGUGAUUUUCGCAGUAUUUCCACGACUGACCUCGUUGCCACGGAUGUGAUCUUCCCGCAUUACUGCAAUGAGGGUUUCGAAGUCAGGCACAGCCCACACCAUCGAUGGUUUUAUAAACCAGGAAUGAGUGUCGACGACGUGAUCCUGUUCACUAUAUUUGACAAUGACUCUACCAAGGCUACAUCUAUCCGCGCAGCAUUAUCCUCUGCCACAAGGACCGCCAGAUUGGAAAAUCGACUUCGACGGAUAAUUCGGGGAUUUCGACCAAUCGAUUCGGACGCAUUAGACUCUGAUCACAUUCGAAUCCUCCAAAGAUUCGAAAAUUCACGCAAAAUUGAGGACAGUGACUAUCUUGCGACUUGUGAUUGGGGCCUGGAGGCCGUGAUUCUGCGCCAGAGAGUCGAUCUAAACUACCCCUACUUUGACCCCAUGGCAACCUUGGUCAGCAUCACAUAUAUCUCCAAGACUCGGUGGAAUGUUGAGAGGCCCCAUGAUUACCCAAAUCCCACUGGUAUCAUUGCUGCGUGUAAAUACUGA